AUGUUUCACCACCAUCAUCAAUCUCACAAUGUCCACUCUAAUAUUGAUAACUAUUCAACUCCUAUAAGGGGUGAAAGUUUAGACGAAAAUGAGAUGGAGUAUGAUGAUGAUGAUGAUGAAAAUGAAGAAAAUGAUCAAGAUGAUCAAUAUGGUGAAGAUGGAAGAAAUUCUGUUCAUCAAGAUGAUGUUGAUGCUAGUUUCUACACCCAACUAUCAUUUCAAGAUCUACUUUCACAUUUUGGUUCACCAUCGAACUUCACUCAACUGGUUCAACCAUCUCAACAACAUCCUAAUGAUGAAGCCCCUAUACCUUCAAAGAAAAGUUGGAAUUCGAUUGAAGAUAUUGCUCUCAUAUAUUCAGUCAUGAACACAAGUACAAAUCCAAUUGUGAGCAUCAACCAAAAGAUAAGAGUGAGGUGGCAAAAAGUUAAAGAAGCUUAUGAAGCAGCGAGGAUGGAACGACCCCAUCUGAUCCCACGAAGAACCGCCGACAUGCUUAAAUGUCGUUGGGAUAAAGUUGCUCCAGCAUGUUUGAAGUGGUUUGGAAGUUAUGACGAGGCUCUUAGGAGGAAGAAGAGUGGCACGAGAGACGAAGAUGUGCUUAAAGAGGCGCAUUUAAUCCAUCAAAGAAAACACGUAAUAAAAAAAAAACAAUUGGAUCAACAACUAACUGGUGGUGUUAGUAGUGAAAAUAGUAGGAAAAGAUCAAGGACGGAAGAAGAUUCUGAGACACCAACAAGUGAAUCUCAAGGAGGAUCAUCUACUCGUCCCGAGGGUGUGAAGAAGGCUAAGGCUCGCAUGACUGGGAAAAUAGUUGCAGAUCAAUCAAAUUCAAACUUUAAGUGCAUUCGGAGAGAGUCUUCGACUUAA